AUGAGUAAUCCAGAGGAUAUUCCUAGCAGACUUGAGGGCAAGAAUGUAGCACGACUUGUGUGUUGUAUUCUUGGAGUAGGUUCUCUCGUGGCAUGGAAUGCAAUGCUGACCAUCACAGACUAUUAUUAUCACGUUUUUCCGAAAUAUCAUCCUUCGAGGGUGCUUACAAUAGUUUACCAACUGGUUGCGAAUGUGUUUAUAUCAACACUUGCUUAUAAAGAAGCUAAGCUCAAUACCCGAAAACGUAACAUUUUCGGGUAUGGCCUUUAUACCUUUGGCACCUUUCUUCUCAUCGUGUUGGAUCUUGCUUCCCAUGGCAGUGGAAGUGUAGGAGCAUAUGUUGCGUUGUGUUUGAUUGUUGCUCUUUUUGGAUUCGCUGAUGCUUUUGUACAAGGUGGAAUGGUUGGAGAUUUGUCCUUCAUGUGCCCCGAGUUCAUCCAGGCAUUCAUGGGAGGUUUAGGCAUAGCCGGAGCUCUAACCUCCGUUUUAAGGCUUAUUACAAAAGCCAUAUUCGACAAGUCUUCUGAUGGUCUCCGAAAAGGCGCUUUGUUGUUCAUUGGAAUAGCUACAUUGAUCGAGCUAGCAUGUCUCAUUCUAUAUGUGUCUGUCUUCGCUAAGCUCCCUAUCGUAAAAUACUACCGUGCCAAAGCCGGGAAAGAAGGUGCGAAAUCCGUUGCUGCCGAUCUAGCUGCCGGUGGCCUCCAAGAACAGGCUGCACAGGUUCAACAAAUGGACGAGACCAAGAUCAUAAGGCAAACCAAGAAGCAAUUGCUACGACAAAACGUAGAUCAUAUGCUCAAUCUCUUCUUGAUUUACGUCGUUACGUUAUCGAUUUUCCCGGGAUUUCUAUACGAAAACACAGGAGAACAUCGAUUAGGCGAUUGGUAUGCACCGGUCCUAGUAGCAAUGUACAACGGGUGGGAUUCGAUUUCGAGGUUCAUUCCCUCGAUCAAACGUCUAGCAUUGGAGUCUAGGAAGUGGAUCACGGUCUGCGUUGUUGCGCGUUUCUUGCUCGUCCCUGCCUUUUACUUUACCGCUAAAUACGCGGAUCAAGGAUGGAUGAUUUUCCUCACCUCUUUCUUGGGAUUGAGUAACGGUUAUUUAACCGUCUCUAUCUUCAGCAUUGCACCAAAGGGUUACAAUGGACCGGACUCGAAUGCAUUAGGGAACUUGUUGUGCGUGUUUCUAUUGGGAGGUAUCUUCGCUGGAGUUUGUUUGGGUUGGCUUUGGCUCAUUGGCAACGAUUCGUUUUAG